GGUUCUUUCGAGAAAGCCAGUCACGUCCAGUCCAGUCACGUCCUCCAGUCACUUUACGCACAAAAGUGAAUGCACGCAGCACGUCUAAAGAGAGGGCGCAUCUCCGCACUUUAUUCAGCGCCUUUGCAUGCUCAGUGACCGCCAUUGCAUUGCAUGCUCAAUGCGCAAUGCUACAUGAGCAUUGACCAAUCAGCCGCGAAUCGUCUGAGCACUGCGUACGGCACUCGCGUGUCACGACCACCACCACGAGAUCGCAUUCUCGUCGCGACGAAUCCUUGAGCAGUGUUAGCUUUGAGGCGCCUCAAAACCAGCCCCCUGCGAAGUGUGGCUCCCCUGCGCGGUGCUGGAUCCCUUUGAGCCACUGCAUUGUCGGGCGCAGUUUUCAACUGCGACGAGUCGCUCUGCAGCAACCAUCAUGGCCACUCUCGCCUUCGAGCCACUGCGCGCCACGGAACAGCCGUCACCAACUCUGGCGUCUCCUAAUGCCGUUUCGUGCUUCCCGUUUGCGCACAGCGUCGACCGCACGAUAGCCGCGCAAUGCCGUCCAUGUACAGCGGAAGAGUGCAGCGGAAUGUCUCCCGCGGAAGGGCAACCAGCUGCGGGCGGAAGCGCAGUGGAGAGCUCGUUGACUGCGGAGGACGCCGCGUUGACCGGGCAGAACCCGUUGACCGCGGCAGAGGGCGCGGAGGAGCUCCUGCUCUUAGACUGGAUUAUCGACGGCUCGGAGAAAGAGUUUCUUUCCGCCAACGCUGUGCCGGCCAGCAGUCGCCGAACCGCGAGUCACAACUUCGAGUCGCCUCCUUUCUCGCCUGCUGCUAGUAUUGGCGGGAAUUCAUCGCUGCGGGGCUCGGCAAGCGACAGAAAUCUGGGUGGCCUUUGCGGCGACGCGAGAGCUCGCGGCAAGCGGGAAUUUCGCCGAAGUUGCUCGAUGGAGGACAUCAAUAGCAGCAGCGCGAAUGGCGGAGGAGGUCGCGGAGGUAAACCCGGCGCCCGAAACGAUUUGGAGUCGUCGCCAUCGUCAGUGCUGACGCGCGGCCCGUCUUCGCCCACCGCGUCAGUCGAUAGCUGCGCGAGUGAUGGCUCGUCUCCUAUAAGCAGCCCCGUUAAAGUGGAUACGAUGUCCGCGCGGCCGAGGACGCUCCAUCUUCCGCCGCUUCCGCCGAAGAUUCAGGUUCGGCCGUGGCAGCAAGUGACGUCGUUUGGUGCGCCUCUGCUCGCGGCGGUACCUUCCGCGCGUCCGCAGCCGCAACAACACCAGCAGGGGGAAGGGCAACAGCGGCACACGGCGCAGCUGGCUGAAGGCGGAUGCGCGGUGGGGGAAGCGGGGGAAGCGCAGGUGGCGCAAGCGCCGGUGAAGCCGCAUCCGCUGCUGGUGUUGGACGAGCAGCGGCGGAAGCACCGCGCGUGGAUGUCUCUCUUCUCCCCCUCGCUCGCGCAAAGCCUGACUCCCCUUGCGCCACCCGAGAAUCAUGGCGCAGAGCGGAGAAAAACCGCGGAGCCGCAAGCGCAUGAUGAAAGCGCGGGGCAGGCGGAAGCGACGCAGCCCCUUCAGGGCGAUUGCGCACGCGAUAUCGACCCAGCUGCGGGACUUCCGCUUUCAGCGUUUUGCGCCGAAGUUCCGGCUCCCCCGCAAUGCGUGGUGGUUCCCGCUCCCCAGCCGGGAUUCUCAAGCGUCUGCUUCGCUAAUGAAUUUUCUUCCGACGAACUUGCUGGUGACGUCACUCAGGCGAUUCGCCAGGGGCUGGGAGCUGUGACGCUAGGCACUGCAGCGGGCAGCAGAAGUGGGCAGGAAAACUUCGGCCGUGCAUUUUCUUCUGACGAAUGUGGCUUGACAAACCGGAAUGCCACGUCCGCUCCCCUCCGCCGAACCUCCAGCGACUUGAGCGUUGCAGCUGCAGAUCACCGCAAUGUGCUUAUGACGAGGCCUGGAGCGUGCACUGACAGGACUCUGAUUAUGAUGAAGCCAUCAAACCUGAGGGGUGGUGCGGGCAGGCAGGUCCCACAGGGGCAGAAAAAAGUGCGAUGGGGAGCAGACGAGGUGUUUGAAAUCCCCGCUCGCUGCUCCAGUGUUGACUUCUGAGAGGUUGGGAUGGGUGCAGAAACUGUACCUACCCACCGGUAUAAUCAUUAUUCAGCAGCCCUGCAGGCAGCAGCUCAAAUGCAGGCAACCGGAGGGAUGACCAAGCUUGGCUUCAUCUGAAGUCGAUUGCAAGGGCGAUCUUUACUGCUGCAAAGCAUGAUAGAUUCCUUGAUGCCAAGCCAAGUAGCCAAGCAUGAUAGGUGUCCUACCUUAUCUACCAGUCUCCAGAAACGCAAUGUAACUGCAUGUUCAAGUGAAAAACCGUCUAGAACAAGGCAUACAAGGGAAUAUUGUUAAUGAAGUAAAUCGUCUGGUGUUGUAGUAGACAAAGUAUAAAACUAUAAACACGAA